UUUCUCUGCACAUCUGUGACCUUCUGAAUCCCUAGGCAGAAUCUGUAAGCAGUGACAACAGUCUAAAAUGACAGAUGACAGCCAAGCCUGUGCGAAGCCUUGCCCAGGCAGCAUCAAAAGAUCGGACUCCAAGCUGGGGCAACAGGAGGAAAAUGGGUUGCAAGUGGACACUUGUGUUGUUCCAGCUGCACAGCACAGCUUUCUGAACUCAGUUCAGCCUGAGCAGAAACCCCACAUUCAGACAGAGGUCAAAGGUUAUCUUGCCACAUCGGGGUCUGACACAGAUUUGGACACAAGUCAGGCAAACCAGCUAAGUGUUCUCAGUGCCACCGACAACAGUCACAACAAGGAUCCAUUUGACAAUAUUUCGAGCACAGACUUUAAGGCUCAAGAAGAUACAGAGGGAAACAGAAAUGACAGGCUAGAAAAAUGGACGUCUUUCAAAAGCUACCCAAUGGCUCCUCACAAUACCACACAGUAUCUGAUGGAUGAACACGUGCAGAUGGAGCUGGACUUCAGCGAUGACAGCAGAGAAACAAGGUAUGAGUUUCUGCAGAGGAACUUCUUUGAAGACCUGGAAAAGUGCCACGUGGACAGGCUGGAAAGGAUGUCUAAGCACAAGGUGGCGCAGGAGAACAUGGAAUAGGAGAUCAACUCUCAGGUGAAAGAAGAGGUUUAGGCAGGUAGUGGUGGACGGUGCUCAAACUAUGGAGCGCAGCCCGGUCCGACUUAGGGAGCAGGAGAAGGAACUGGAGAGGUUGAGGGCCCAAACCCCAAAAGCCCUCCAGCAGAAGCAGUAAAAUGGUCAGGUCAGGACCACUUUUUUAUGAUUUUUUUUAAUAAACAGACCAGGUACUGUCAGUCACGGGAAAGUUUCAAAGAUUGGUAGAAAAGUGCAAUACAGUUAAAAACGGGGCGGGUUAUCCAUAGAUUAGCAGUGAUUGGUCCUUACGUCACACGGUCUACCACCUCCUCUUUUUUUGUCGCCAAGUCAAGUUUGCGGGAACAAAACAGAGAUUACCGUUUCAUCUUUCAAAGCAAAAUGUUUCAUUUAGUUACGUAUUUCACUUUGAACAUCUUUUUGACAGGAAAACUGUCAAAGACAUGAAAAACAUUAGCAAUAUGUUUAUUUAGCUGGCCUACAGCCAAUAAUUAUAAUUGUUCACUUGGGAGAAUUUCUAAACAGACAAUGUAUGCAUUUUAACAAACACAAAUAUUAAAUUAUCCUAAUUUUAUAAUAAAAUUGACCAUAAUUUUGUUUUCGCAAUUUUUUAUUGUCGAUGGACUCAGUUAAUGAUAAAACGAAAAAGAUGUUGGCUGAAGUGCAAUUCUAUUUUCGAACCAUUGCUUUUACUUUGAAAGGCACCUUUGGACAUCCGGUGCUAAGUCGAUCUCUUGUUAUUAGUCGACCUUGAGUGUCGAAUAACACUUGAAAAAAAUCAUCCUGAUCUAAGAUGACACUCAUAUAUUCCUGUGUGCCUUGUGUUCGUCGUUGUAUUUCUUACGCAUUGUUGUAGUUCUGUUCGCAGUCAAGAAAUUAGCUCUCUAGUCACACAGUCAUGCUAACGUGGCGGAGGCUACAUGUGAAGGUACGAGCGGCUCAUGCACCGCUCACCUCCAGACUGGUAACACGACAACAUGCCUGGACACAUGGACACUUGACAUCUUGUCUGAAGCUGAGCACGAGCACAGCCCUGCGGAAAGACUUCUUCAAAGAUGUGGAGACCACAUUUGUUGAAAUGAAGAAGAAGGCUGCAGACGCUCUGCCAAGCAGCAACUGGUCUCCCUUUUACAUCAACCCCAACCUGCCACCAGAGCGGGCUGAUAUUGUGAUCGUAGGUGGAGGUGUGAUGGGCUGGUCCAUCGCCUACUGGCUGAAGAAGAUGGAAAACAGUAGAAAUGGGAUGAGAGUGGUUGUGGUAGAGAAGGACCCAGUAUACACCCAGGCCUCCACUGUGCUUUCUGCUGGAGGAAUCAGACAGCAGUUCUCUCUGCCUGAGAACAUCCUGCUCUCGCUAGCUUCAGCAGACUUCCUGAGGAAUGUCAAUGAACACCUUAAUGUUUAUAAUGAAGAUCCUGUGGACCUGCAGUUCAACCAGUCAGGAUACCUGUUCCUAGCGAAUGAGAAGGUGGCUCACAUCAUGGAGGAAAACUACCACAUCCAGAGUCAAUUUGGAGCUCAAGUCUCGCUCCUCUCUCCUACACAACUCCAGGAAAGAUUUCCAUGGAUAAACACAGAUGGUGUUGCUCUGGCUUCCUAUGGAUUAGAGAACGAGGGCUGGUUUGACCCCUGGUCUCUGCUGAAUGGCUUUAAGAGGAAGGCCAUCUCUCUGGGAGUCAUUCCAUGCACUGGAAAGGUCACAGAUUUUGAUUACACGGUGACUUUGGCACAUAUGUAUGAUCAAGACGUGAUGGUGAGGAGAGUGAAGUCAGUCAAAGUUCAGAUGCCCAACAGCCCGGAGUAUCAGCCUGUGGAGUGUGCUAUUGUUAUAAAUGCAGCAGGAGCCUUUUCAGCCAAAGUGACAGAAAUGCUCAGAGUUGGCUCAGGAGACAAAUACUCCAUCGAUGGAAUUCCUUUUCCUGUGGAGCCCAGGAAAAGGUACAUCUAUGUGUUCAACUGCCCUGAUGGACCAGGUCUGGACACUCCCUUCCUGAUUGAUUACUCAGGCGUGUAUUUCAGACGAGAGGGGUUGGGAGGAAAUUACAUCGGAGGAGCGUCACCAGACGAGGAAAACGAGCCAGAUGCAGGUAAUCUAGAUGUGGAUCAUGACUUUUUUGUAGAAAAGGUUUGGCCGGAAUUGGCUCAUCGCGUUCCAUCUUUUGAAAAACUUAAGGUGACCAGUUCCUGGGCCGGGUUCUACGACUACAACACCUUGGACCAGAACGCCAUCAUCGGUGUACACCCUCUGAUCAACAACAUGUACUGUGCCACAGGCUUCAGCGGCCACGGCCUGCAGCACUCUCCUGGUGUGGGCCGGGCAUUGGCUGAGCUGAUCUUGAAGGGAGGCUUUGAAACUCUGGACCUGAGUGUAUUUGGUUUGGACAGGAUCAUGAAGCAGGAGCCUGUCCUGGAAAGAAACAUUCUGUAAAUCAGAGUUGGAAUUCAGCCUCUGCAGAGAAACUCUGUCUAUUUUAUGCAAAACCAUGUAUAUUCUCAAGACAAAACCUGUUACAUAUAUAAAUGCAAGAAACCUUGCAGCUGGUCCUGUACUAGUUUAAGUCAAGUUCUAAGACGGAUGUUAUCAAUCUAAAACGUGAAAGAUUUUAAUUAUUUAAACUUGUUAAGGCACAUCAACUGUGUUACAUUUUAGUCAGGUUUUUAAACCCUCAAAAUAUGAAAAAUUUUAAAAUCAGUGCAAACCUUAUGUUUUUACCAAACAUGAAUGAUAUUUUUUAUUUUUUUAUUUUUUCCAAAACCAAAACAAAAAUUGAAGCGAUAAGUCCGUAGUUAAAGAGAAGUAGCUGUGUUAAUGUCAUUUUUUAAUUUGUUUUUCACUACCUCUUGUAUAUUGAUGUUGACACAAAACAUCACCAGGAUCAAUAAUAAUAUAACCAUGUUAUAAAGGAUCAAGGAUACAUGUAUACUAUUGUAUUUUACAGUUUUUUAAUGCCGAUUUAUUAUCGCCACCAUUGGAACAAAAAAAUGUAAAUACUAAUAAAUGUUUUCAGAAAAUAAAAGCCAUGAUGACAGAU